AAGCAUGUAAGCCAGUCAUGUAAGCUUCCACGUUGACACGGGGCGUUGGUAUACGUAAGCUUGAGCCGGGAACAGGGAAGUCAAUACUGCAAGUCGCCUUACUAUACUAGCAGCUCAACUCUGCAACAGCAAGCGUAGCCCAAACAGCGGAGGUUAAGGCCUAGACAUGAACAUGGACAUAAAAAAGCGAAAAAAUGAUAAAUGGGAAGAUGGAAGCCUUCUGAAGAAGGUGUUCGGCGUGGUCUUCGAUGAAAAGCUUGUUUUCGGCGUCGAUCCUUCAAAGAAGAUCUUGGAUUUCAAGCACCCAAAGGAAAUGGAGGAACUACUCCAGCUGAGCAUUAAUGACGAAGGACUGACCGCAGCAGAAGCGGAGGCAAUGAUAGACAAAAUAGUCAAGUACAGCGUCAGGACUCAGCAUCCUUACUUCCUCAACCAGCAAUUCCACGGCAUCGAUGAAGUAGGUCUAAUGUCAGCAUGGCUCACCGAAGCUUUAAGUUCAAACCAACACACUUACGAGAUCUCUCCAGUUUUCGUCCUUAUUGAGAAGUUUGUCAUCUCGAAAAUGAACGCUCUAAUCGGAUGGCCGGAGGGAGAUGGCAUUUUCUCGGCUGGUGGGUCUCUCAGCAAUACCUACGCUAUGGCUUUAGCCAGACACCGGCAUUGUCCAGGCGUCAAGAGAACCGGAGUGUUUGGCAUGAAAAAGCUGGUUGCCUUUGCUUCUGAUCAGUGCCAUUACUGGAUUCACAAAACCGCCGCUCUGAUGGGCCUGGGUCUGGAUAACUUGGUUCUCGUGCCAACGGACGCCAGGGGCAGGAUGAUCCCUGCGGCGCUGAAGGAGGCCAUAAAGAAGACCAGGGAAGAAGGGCGAGAUCCUUUCUUUGUUGCAGCGAGCUCCGGCACCACGGUCCUGGGAUCCUUCGAUCCUCUCGACGAAAUCGCCGACGUCUGCGAGGGAGAAGGACUCUGGCUUCAUACGGACGCGUGCUGGGGAGGAAUUGUGUUGCUGUCCAAGAAGCACAAACACAACAUGAAAGGCAUAGAAAGGUGCGACUCUCUUGCAUGGAACCCUCACAAGAUGCUUGGCGCGCCUUUGCAAUGCUCACCGUUCUUCACGAAGCAUAAGGGCCUCCUUCGGGAAUGCAACUCGGCGCAAGCGACGUAUCUCUUCCAGCAAGACAAAGUCUACGACGUGAAUUACGAUAUCGGCGACAUGAGCUUCCAGUGCGGUCGUAAGCCAGAUGCCAACAAGCUCUACCUGAUACUCAGCUUCCACGGACUGGCGGAUAUCGAGAGGAAGAUCGACGCUGCGUUCGAGGCCUCAAGCUAUUUCAGCAAGAAGAUCGCCAAGAGAGAGGGCUUCCGCCUAGUGGUGGCAGAGCCCCAGUGCACCAACGUCUGCUUCUGGUUCAUUCCCAAGAGUCUACGAGACCAGGAGGAGACGCCCGAGUGGUGGCAGAAGCUAUCCAAGGUGUCACCAGAGAUCAAAGCGCGCAUGAUGAAACAGGGCACCCUGAUGAUAGGAUACCAACCUUUGAAGAGCAAGAACUUCGUGAAUUUCUUCCGCUUGACAAACCACUGCAUCCCGUGUCCCACGAAGGCCACCAUGGAUUACGUGAUAAGCGAAAUCGAACGGCUGGGAGAGGACCUCUAGUUUCUACUCCAAGCAACAAGAAUCUGAUAAUUAAAGAUUCAUAGUAAUGGACAGCAACUGCAGACAACCCUUGACAGACAGCGUGAUCCAGCCAACUUGAGAGUAGUAACUCAGUAGUCGUCAUGUUAAUCAUUAGGUCUAGUAGAUAAAUAAGUAGAUGUGAAUAUGAAGGUAAAAUCUUAAAGUUGAGAAGAGAUCCAACAUAGAAUUUAACGCUAGAAUAGGCUGCCCCUUCUCCGAGUUCGUGGAAUAGGACGGGAAGGUAUAAUCAGGACCUGGGUGUAAUGACCUCACGGUCUAGACCAUGAAUUCCUCAUCGAUCCAAGCAAGCGGGAAGCAGAAGGGAGGCCCUUUGGGGUAGGGGGUGGUGGGGGGAGGUCCGUGUAUGUUUAAGCUUUACGCAAGAACUCCCGCGAAAUAUAUAUAUAAAAAAAAAUGCAAUCAUCACGUUAUCAAUAGUGCGUGUCCUACUGUGUAAAUCAUUAGUUAUGUUUACGUCGAUGGCAAAAGGUUAUUAAUUUUAUACAGAUGACAUAGGUACCUAGGUUCAACAUUUUAAGAAAAAUGAUUAGCUUACAGUAAAACAAAAAUGUCAAGAAUGACCAGCAAAUAGUAAAAGCGAUAAAUUGGCAAUGAUUCUGUUUCAUGAUUUUAUAACUAUACUCUUGUUUUUUUCCAUCUGUCCAUCCGCCUGUGGUGUUUUCGCAUGGUAACACUGCGUCCCGGGCUUUAAAUAGUUACGCUAUGUGUAAGUUUUAGGUAAAUAAAAGGAUAUCUGGGUGUACAUUUGCUACUGAAAAAAAUGUUUUAAUAAUUUACUGUAUGCGAAUUACACCGUUAAUAUUUGAAAUAAGACAUUAUUUAAAGCCCGGGACGCAGUGUUACCAUGCACAAACACCACAGGCAGAUGGAAAAAAAAACCGAAUAUAGGUCAACAGAUGUUACAGCAGUAUGUCGAUGGAGAAUGAACUGUAUCUACUAACAUUUUAGUAAAAAAAUAAAAUAAAUACACAAAUGUUGUCAUG